AUGCAAUCUCUGAUUCCCAUCGCAACAUCAAAACACUGUUCAGAGCCUAUCCACAUUCAUCCAUCUUUAAAAUCGUGCUCUCAUGUUUAUUUGAGAAUUGACUCAGUCAAGCCUCCUCUUCAACAACCAUACUCAGGUCCUCAUCCAGUCAUUGAGCGAUAUGAUAAAACCUUUAUCAUCUCCGUGCACGGUAAAAAUCAAACUGUUUCAAUUGAUCGACUCAAACCUGCAUUUUUCAUUAGUGAUAAAACCUUUGUCCCUAACACUAAACCUUCCAAUAAGACAGACACACUGAAACCUACCAUGUCACAUGUUCCUAAAACAGUCACAAAAUCUGGACGACAUGUCAAUUUCCCUCAACAUCUGUCUACCACCUACUAUAUAUAA